CGAGCCGCCCUCACCUCGACUCGACUCCUCUACCCUUCAAAGAAAAAAGGGAGGAAAAAAAACGAGCUGCUAGUGAUCACUGGAGCCAGCUCGGUUAGUUGCUUCCUCGAACCCGCAAAUCUCGCCGCAGCCAUGGAAGCCGCCGCCGCGCCUCGUACGCUGGUCGCCGCCAUGGCGCUCGCGGUCGCCGCCUGCUGCCUCGCGCAGCUGGCGGCGGCGGACACGAACGGCGUGUACGAGCCGUGCAGCGACGCGCGGAUCCAGCGCGGGGACGGCUUCACCUUUGGGGUGGCCGUCGCGGGCUACAACGCCUUCUUCUCCGGACCAACGCAGCUCUCCCCCUGCGACCGCCGCCUCAACCUAGCCGCCUCGGCGCAGCUCGCCCUCUUCCGCCCCAAGGUCGACGAGAUCUCCCUCCUCACCAUCAACACCACCACAGGCUUCAACCCAGCUUCAGCUGGUGGAUACAUGGUAGCGUUUGCUGGUAGGAAGUACGCAGCCAGAUCUGAACCAAUUUUUAUCUCCAACAGCUCGUUUACAGUGUCCAGCUUCACCCUGAUUCUCGAGUUCAACAAAGGCAGACUUCAAAACUUGCACUGGAAGAAGGAUGGCUGUGGUGCUUGCUCAGGGAAGUCAAACAUGGUUUGCCUCGGCAAACGAAUGUGCGCCUUUAGAACACAAAGCUGUAAGAACCAAGGAACUGUCGACUGCAGCAUCGGCAUCCAGCUGGCUUUCUCAGGCACCGAUAAGCACGAGUCAGUUCUGAACUCGUGGUAUGAGGUGUCCAACUUGCGACAAUACUCUCUCUAUGGGCUCUACUCAAACCUCAAGGACACCCUCAGCGGCCAGUUCAACAAGUUCUUCUAGCCUGUUUGGCGCAGCCGUUGUUUAUUCUCUCCUGCUCCCGCCCCUUUCGAUCUCCCUGAAUCAUGUUUUUGUACUUAACGUCCUUUGGGUUUGCUCGUCAGGUUGCUUGUAUUCAAACAGAUUUGAGCUUGUGUGGAAGGUUCAGUCGUCAUAUGUACCGUCGGUGUCAUUUGCUAUGAGUGUUUUUUUAUUGCCA